CCAUUUUUGCAGGCGCACACACAAACACAACACAAAGUUGAUUUCAUACAUUCAUCACAUGGAUCACAUGGAGGAGAACAAAGAAGGAGAAAACAAUAACACCACCAUGAAGAAGGCCUUACUACUCCUAAACUGCAUCCUAUUAUCAAUAGGAAUCACUGGGGGUCCAUUAAUCAUGCGCCUCUACUUCGUCCAUGGUGGCAAGCGUAUUUGGCUCUCAAGCUGGCUCGAAACCGCCGGUUGCCCUCUCAUCCUUAUCCCGCUUUUCAUAACCUACCUCCGCCGCAGCAAAAACCAAUCCCCAAACACACUCUUCUUCAUAAAACCUCCCUUGUUCUUCGCGGCAACAGGUAUCGGCCUCAUAACCGGCUUAGACGACUACCUCUACGCCUACGGCGUGGCACGGCUCCCGGUUUCCACUUCAUCACUCAUAAUUGCAUCUCAAUUGGCUUUCACUGCCGGUUUCGCUUAUUUACUGGUGAAGCAGAAGUUUACGCCCUAUUCUAUAAACGCUGUUAUUUUGUUGACUGUUGGAGCGGGUGUUUUGGCUCUGCACACGAGCAGUGAUCGUCCAGAGCAUGAGUCGAGUAAGGAGUACGUGUUGGGGUUCGUUAUGACAGUUGGGGCUGCGGCUUUGUAUGGGUUUGUGCUGCCGUUGGUGGAGUUGACGUACAAGAAGGCAAAGCAGGAGAUAAGUUACACGCUUGUGAUGGAGAUCCAGAUGGUCAUGUGUUUGUUUGCUACUAUUUUUUGCACUGUUGGGAUGCUCGUUAACAAGGACUUCCAGGCGAUGUCAAGAGAAGCAAGAGAGUUUGGACUAGGAGAAACCAAGUACUAUGUGAUACUGGUUUGGAGUGCAAUAAUAUGGCAGUUUUUCUUCUUGGGAGCUAUUGGAGUAAUAUUUUGUGCAUCUUCUUUGCUGUCUGGUAUUAUAAUAGCAGUUUGCCUUCCAGCGACAGAGAUCCUAGCAGUCAUUUUCUUCCAUGAGAAAUUUCAAGCUGAAAAGGGUGUUGCACUUGCACUCUCUCUCUGGGGAUUUGUUUCAUACUUCUAUGGCGAGAUUAAACAAAACAAGAAAAACAAUCACAGUGUUCCAGAAACAGAAAUGCCUCUGCCCACCAAAUCUCCAAGUCCCACAGUUGAGAAUGUAUGAUUAUAUCAGACAGUCGUAUCUUGUGCAGAGUCUUUGUUGUUGGGUACUAUAAUAGCAAUUCUACUUCCAUUAACAGAGAUCCUAGCAAUCAUUUGCUACCAGGAGAAAUCUCAAGCUGCCUCAAUUACCUUGAUUUGGCACCAGAGAUGACAGAACCUAUAUGUAACAAUACACCAGCAAAUGUCAUUUGGCUCUUGCUACAUAUCAACGAAGUCAUUUUCAUAAAAGAA